AUGAAAGAACUUUUAGCAAACCAAUUUUCUAAUAUUUAUCCAGGUGCCAGUGAAAAAUUUCUUGCAUCAGAAAGUUGGUUCUAUCGCUUUCUUAGAAGGUAUGAUUUUGCAAUGAGACAUAAAACAAAGAUUGGUCAGAAGCUUCCCGCUCACCUUGACAUCAAACUUCUCGAAUUUCAACAAUUUAUUAUAAAAAAACAAAAACAAUUUGAAUACGAACUUUCAGAAAUUGGAAAUAUGGAUGAAACUCCUGUUUAUUUUGAUAUGGUUGGAAAUUUAACAAUUGAUAAACAUGGUGCAAAAACUGUGCAAGUUCGAACAACUGGAAAUGAUAAAAACCGUUUUACAUGUGUCCUUACAAUUCUUGCAGAUGGUACAAAAUUACCACCAAUUGUUAUUUUCAAAGGUAAACGAAUGCCAAAGAAUUUACCUUCUCAAAUCAUUGUACUAAUGCACCCAAAAGGAUGGAUGGAUGAAAUUGGAAUGAAAGCUUGGUUUGAUAAGGUAUAUACUACAUAUAAACAAGAAGGUUACUCAAGGCCAGUAUCCAAGGGUUUAAACCCCCAAAAACCUGAAUUACAUAAUGUAAUGGAAGAUGUAGUUGAAAGAAUGACAUCAAUUAUAGAAGAAGCAUCACAGCUUCCACAAGCACUAAUUAUAUAUCGUGUUUAA